AAUGUGUGUAUUGUAACAGUGUUCUGUCUGAAUGUGUGUAUUGUAACAGUGUUCUGUCUGAAUGUGUGUAUUGUAACAGUGUUCUGUCUGAAUGUGUGUAUUGUAUCAGUGUUCUGUCUGAAUGUGUGUAUUGUAUCAGUGUUCUGUCUGAAUGUGUGUAUUGUGUUCCAGUGUUCUGUCUGAAUGUGUGUAUUGUAACAGUGUUCUGUCUGAAUAUGUGUAUUGUAUCAGUGUUGUCUGAAUGUGUGUAUUGUAUCAGUGUUCUGUCUGAAUGUGUGUAUUGUGUUCCAGUGUUCUGUCUGAAUGUGUGUAUUGUAACAGUGUUCUGUCUGAAUGUGUGUAUUGUGUCAGUGUUCUGUCUGAAUGUGUGUAUUGUAUCAGUGUUCUGUCUGAAUGUGUGUAGUGUAUCAGUGUUCUGUCUGAAUGUGUGUAUUGUGUCAGUGUUCUGUCUGAAUGUGUGUAUUGUAUCAGUGUUCUGUCUGAAUGUGUGUAUUGUAACAGUGUUCUGUCUGAAUGUGUGUAUUGUAACAGUGUUCUGUCUGAAUGUGUGUAUUGUGUCAGUGUUCUGUCUGAAUGUGUGUAUUGUAACAGUGUUCUGUCUGAAUGUGUGUAUUGUGUCAGUGUUCUGUCUGAAUGUGUGUAUUGUGUCAGUGUUCUGUCUGAAUGUGUGUAUUGUAUCAGUGUUCUGUCUGAAUGUGUGUAUUGUAACAGUGUUCUGUCUGAAUGUGUGUAUUGUAACAGUGUUCUGUCUGAAUGUGUGUAUUGUAUCAGUGUUCUGUCUGAAUGUGUGUAUUGUAUCAGUGUUCUGUCUGAAUGUGUGUAUUGUGUCAGUGUUCUGUCUGAAUGUGUGUAUUGUAUCAGUGUUCUGUCUGAAUGUGUGUAUUGUAUCAGUGUUCUGUCUGAAUGUGUGUAUUGUAUCAGUGUUCUGUCUGAAUGUGUGUAUUGUGUCAGUGUUCUGUCUGAAUGUGUGUAUUGUGUCAGUGUUCUGUCUGAAUGUGUGUAUUGUGUCAGUGUUCUGUCUGAAUGUGUGUAUUGUAUCAGUGUUCUGUCUGAAUGUGUGUAUUGUAGCAGUGUUCUGUCUGAAUGUGUGUAUUGUGUCAGUUUUCAGUCUGAAUUUAAAGUACUUUUCUAAAAACCAAGAAAACUUUACAGCAAAAACAGACCCAGGAAAAUAUAGGAUAAAGAAAGACAAUCAAAAUACUAUAAUAUUUGAAGCUAAUUACCUUUAAAAGUAAUAUUUCACCCAAAACCUUUUUGUUUUUUGCAUUUUGCAUCAUAUGAUGCUGUGUUUUGCUGGGCUACGCUGAGGAGAAAGCCAGACUAAGGAGAAUGCCAGACUGAGGAGAAAGCCAGACUAAGGAGAAAGCCAGACUGAGGAGAAAGCCAGACUGAGGAGAAAGCCAGACUGAGGAGAAAGCCAGACUGAGGAGAAAGCCAGACUGAGGAGAAUGCCAGACUGAGGAGAAUGCCAGACUGAGGAGAAAGCCAGACUGGGGAGAAAGCCAGACUGAGGAGAAAGCCAGACUGAGGAGAAAGCCAGACUGAGGAGAAAGCCAGACUGAGGAGAAAGCCAGACUGGGGAGAAAGCCAGACUGAGGAGAAAGCCAGACUGAGGAGAAAGCCAGACUGAGGAGAAAGCCAGACUGAGGAGAAUGCCAGACUGAGGAGAAAGCCAGACUGAGGAGAAUGCCAGACUGAGGAGAAUGCCAGACUGAGGAGAAAGCCAGACUGAGGAGAAAGCCAGACUGAACAGGUGGGUUUGAAUCUGGUUUUGAAGUGGUGAUGGAGUCAGAGGUGCAGGUCGCUAGGGGAAGAGUUGUAGAGUUCGGGGGCAGCUGAAAGCACGAGACAUCGGGCUUUGGAAGUCAGAGAGGUAUGAGGGGCAAGACCAUUGAGGGCGAUGUGUAGUUCCUUGUAGGUGCGGUGUAGUUUCUUGUAGGUGAGGUGUAGUUUCUUGUAGGUGAGGUGCAGUUUCUUGUAGGCGAGGUGUAGUUUCUUGUAGGAAUGGUGUAGUUUCUUGUAGGAGUGGUGUAGUUUAUUGUAGGUGUGGUGUAGUUUCU